GAUGCGGUGAAACGGCAGAAGAAGGAAAACACCGCACGUAGCCUCUUGGAUUAAUUUAAAUGACAAGACGCCAUCCAUAAAUUCAGAGGAGACACAAGCACCGGCCAGAAUGGAUUCUUACAGACCGAAACUCUCGUCGGAAACGGUGUUUUAACGAUGUGUUCAUGUCUAAAUGUCCUCGAAUAAGCGGUGUUUUUUUUUACUCGGUAGCCGUGUUUGUGUCUUGUUGCUAGCUUAAACCGCCGUAGCGUUAGCUGUUAGGCGAAGACAAGCAGCUUAUCUGUCCUGUAAAAGAACACUUGCUGUUAUUCUUGAGUUAUAUUUCUCUUUUGUGCAGGGAAAAGUCGAGCUGUGUGUGUUUUUAGUCCUUGAAAAGCUUCCAGGAUUAGUUUUAGUCACUCUGAAAGGCGUAUUGGAAACUGUCGCUCGUCCUUACUGGCAAAAACAAGUAGAAAAGUUAUAUUUUUAAAACUAAUAUAUCCACGGCACGCUUGGGAAACACUGUAUUUGGAUUCACUCGUUAACAUCUCAACAAGUGGACACAAUGGGUGCGAUCUGGACUUCAGUCACCAGUAAACCCAACCCAGCAGAUACUUUGUAAAUAACACUUCCCUGUCAGGUGGCAGGCUACUGUAUUGUUCCUUCUGCUGACAGAGCACUUUCCAGUAUCCUCCUGUGUUUGAGUUUCUCUGAAGUGGAGGACACCUUCCUUUUAUUUUUGACUUUAACGCACACUAAGAUCUUCAGAUCAACAGUGAAGGAUGAACGGCCUGUCUCUCAGCGAGCUCUGCUGCCUGUUCUGCUGCCCGCCCUGCCCUGGCCGCAUCGCAGCCAAGCUGGCCUUCCUGCCCCCUGAGGCCACCUACGCCUUCCUGCCGGACCCCGAGGCAGGUCCAGCAGCACCGGGGGUCGCAGGUACCCCCAGCCUGCGGGCGAGGAGCGGGGCGACAGUGGCUGGAGGCGGAGGGGCUGUAGAGGGGAAAUGGAAGCUCCACCUGACUGAGCGAGCAGAGUUCCAGUACUCGCAGAGAGAGAUGGACAUGACGGAGGUGUUCCUCACUCACUCCAGCAGGGGGAACAAAGUCGGCUGCAUGUACAUCCGCUGUGCUCCUAAUGCCAGAUUUACAGUGCUCUUCUCCCACGGUAACGCGGUGGACCUGGGCCAGAUGAGCAGCUUCUACAUCGGCCUCGGCACUCGCAUCAACUGCAACAUCUUUUCCUACGACUACUCAGGCUACGGUGUGAGCACUGGGAAGCCCUCUGAGAAGAACCUCUACGCAGACAUCGACGCUGCCUGGCACGCCCUGCGCACACGGUUUGGCAUCUGCCCAGAGAACAUCAUCCUGUACGGACAGAGCAUUGGAACAGUCCCCACUGUGGACCUGGCGUCCCGGUAUGAGUGUGCUGCCGUGGUUCUGCACUCCCCUCUCACAUCUGGCAUGAGAGUGGCCUUCCCCGACACGAAGAAAACGUACUGCUUCGACGCGUUCCCCAACAUUGAAAAAGUGUCCAAAAUCACGUCCCCGGUGCUCAUCAUCCACGGGACGGAGGACGAGGUCAUCGAUUUCUCGCACGGCCUGGCUCUGUUCGAGCGCUGCCCCAAAGCGGUGGAGCCUCUGUGGGUGGAGGGGGCAGGACACAACGACAUCGAGCUGUACAGCCAGUAUCUGGAGCGCCUGCGCCGCUUCAUCGGACAGGAGCUGGCAGCACAGCACCCCUGAACCCCCCCCCCCCCCCCCCCCCCAACACCACCAUCAUCAACGUCAUCUUUACCAUUUCACUGUGUCCAAGAUGGAGGCGUGUCCAGCAGUCAUCAAACCGACCCUCAGUUUAGCACGGCUUCCAGGGGGGCCGUGCUUCACAAACUUAAUUUGUCUAGGGCACAGUUCGCCUGUCAUGGAGCACGGUUUGAUGCGACAUGGAGAUAAGACGUGAGAUCAUCAACAUCAGAAGUGUGUGAGUGUGAAAGACUUUGUCACAAAGCGCAUUUCGUCGGUUUUUACAGCUGCCGUGUGUUAGCAGGCAGACAAUAUAUUCCUAUACUGUGCAAUAAAAGGGACAGUGUCUACAGGAAGAUGAUUUAACAGAACAACAAAGUGAUGAGUAGAACAAUGACGUGGUGGUCCACGUGGGAAAUGUUCAUCAUUUUUCCAGACCACUCAAAGAGUUUGGGUGUAGUUUUAUUUUUUGCUGAUAAGUUGAAUAGGUUAUGGUGAAUGACGGGAAACACUAAAGAACACUUUUGAAAGUUGUUGGGACUAUCUUUUCUGUUUUCUAAUCACCUAUAUGAUUAGCUAACACGUUUGUAACUAAGCUCUCCACAGUUUGUAUUAGUAACCCUGUUCAAUCUAAUGCAAUCCAAUAUAGAGCCCUAUAGAUCCUGUUUAAAAGGGUUUAACUAUAGUGUCAUUUUUUGGUUAUGGGUUGCGUUGCGUUGGAAUGCAUUAUAUUAAGCGGUGUUUCUAAUAUCCCACCGCCUCAUGUAUGUUCUUGAUACAUGUGUAGAGAUUUGACUUUCAUUUUGUUUUUCACUGUAUAGAACAUUUUCUGCAUUUUUUUUUUGCUCAGGUAAACCUCCUUUGAGACAUUAGGGUCAGUGUGUGUUCUACUUUUAUUUGUGUUUAUUACGCAGCCGUCUGAAUCUCCUUAGAUCUUUAAAGCAAAGAAAAUAUCCUUUAUUUUAACUAAGUAAUGAAGCAAACUAAGAUCCAACACAGAGGUUUCUAAAAGACUAAGCUGUGAGUUUGGUGAGAUGUCAAAUGUUCAAUCAUUUCUUCUCUGCAUCCCAUCGUUAUCCCAGUAUCCGAGUGUUACAGGAGCGUAUUAAAGCAUCUGAACGCCAUCUUUUCCUUUCCAGGGACAAUUAAAAAGUGAAAAAACUCCCUUUUUAUGAAUUUAGUUUGAUGAUAUUCUCAUUUUAAUUACUUAUGAGCUCCACAUUCUGAUGCAAAAGAAAUAAAUGACCACUCGUAUACAGAUAAGCGCACGAACAGAUGUUUUAUUUCACAAUGAAAUGCAGCACUAUGAUUCUUUAAUUUGGCGUACAGCUUGAACAGAAUUGACAAAGAGCGUAAGCAGAUCUUCAGAGAAACUAACACAGGUCGUCAACGUUUUGGCACAUUUACUGUCCAACAUGAUAAGAUAAUCCCCUUCUUUUUUGCUGCUUGUUCAUAUUCACUGCACUUCAUUGUAAUGUCUUUGCUCUCCAUUAUAAUGUUCUGUUUUACAAGCAGGCAUAAAGCAUUCAUCUGUAUUACAGGUGCAACACUCAGCAAGCAACAGACCGUUAAGGUAACAUUUGAAUAUAUUACAAAUAAAAUGAAUGGUUACACAUGUAAAAGGGUAAAUGGUUUUUUUCUAAUCGAACCUUGGACAGGAGUGUUGCACCUCUUAGCUGAAAGUCAAGAUUACGACUAUUUUUCUAUGUUUAAGUCAGGAUUUCGUUUUUUUGUGUAUGUAUAAACCAAAGUGUAUCUUUGUUUCGAGCUUUACCCGAUGUACCGGCUGUUUAUGUUAAUAUCUUCGUAACCAAAGGCAAAUAUGUUCAACACUUAUUUCUUCUAUUAACUUGUAUUUAUCUUUGUGCUUGGGCUGAUUUUCUUUCCACUACACGUUGCAUUUGGGUACAAUUUAAUGCCACCAUUUGUUAUAUUGAUAAAUAAAAGAAAAAUGUCUCAUAUCAUACUAGUUUGAAAUAUUCAGCAACAAGGUUGAAAACAUAAGUUACCAUGUUGUGGGUGUUGUGUUUUUUUCCAAGCUGUUUAUAAUUGAUCAUUUGUGAAAGAGUACAAAUAAACAAUACAGCGAA